AUGAAUCGUUUUAGUGACAUUGAUCCUUCACGUAAACGACUUCCUGAUAAUAACGACGAUAAACCAUUGACAUCAACUAUGAGUGAAAUGCGUCGGGCUUCAAUACCAUCAAAUAGAGAACCAUUGGCAUCAACUACGAAUGAAAUGCGUCGAGCUUCAAUAGGAUCAAAUAAAGAACCAUUGGCAUCAACUAUAAAUGAAAUGCGUCGAGUUUCAAUAGGAUCAAAUAAAGAACCAUUGGCAUCAUCUAUGAAUGAAAUGCGUCGAGCUUCAACAACAUCAAAUAAAGAACCAUUGGCAUCAACUAUGAAUGAAAUGCGUCGGGCUUCAACAACAUCAAAUCAAGAACCAUUGGCAUCAUCUAUGAAUGAAAUGCGUCGAGCUUCAACAACAUCAAAUCAAGGAGCUUCGGGUUCUUCUCUUCCCAUUAAUAUCAAAACUAAAUGGAAACAACAUGGAACCACCAUUGCUGGAGGAAAUGGUCAAGGCAAACAAUUAAAUCAUCUCUUUUCUCCUUAUGGUAUCUAUGUUGAUGACGAUAAUCAAUGUAUUUAUAUUGCUGACUGUGAUAAUCAUCGUAUUGUUGAAUGGAAAUAUAAUGCAGAGAUUGGUCAAGUUGUUGCAGGUGGAAAUGGUUUUGGAAAUCGAAUGGAUCAAUUGAAUGGACCAACUGAUGUGAUUGUUGAUCAACAGAAUGAUUCUCUUAUCAUUUGCGAUUUGGGAAACAGACGAGUAGUACGAUGGUCUCGUCGAAAUGGUACAAAAGGACAAACAAUCAUUCCUGAUAUUGAUUGUUAUAGUCUAACAAUGGAUAACAAUGGAGAUCUUUAUAUCUCUAACUUUGAGCAACAUGAAGUGAGACGAUGGAAAAUAGGAGAAACAAAUGGAACAAUUGUAGCAGGUGGAAAUGGAAAAGGAAAUCGUCUCAAUCAACUCAAUCAACCUACUUCUCUCUUCGUUGAUCAAGAUCAUUCAGUCUAUGUUUCGGAUUGUGGAAAUCAUCGUGUAAUGAAAUGGAUGACAGGUGCAAAGGAAGGAAUUGUUGUUGCUGGUGGACAAGAUGAAGGGAAUAGUUUGACACAAUUGUCUUAUCCUGAAGGAGUGUUUGUCGAUCAUUGGGGUCAUGUCUAUGUAGCUGAUUCUUACAAUCAUCGUCUAAUACGUUGGGUGAAAGGAUCUAAAGAAGGUCGAGUUAUUGUUGGUGGAAAUGGAAAAGGAGAACAACCAAAUCAGUUCAAUCUUCUCAGAGGUUUAUCCAUCGAUUGUCAAGGUAAUCUCUAUGUCGUCGAUAAUUCAAAUCAUCGAGUACAAAAAUUUGAAAUUGAUUUAAAUUGA